AUGGCAGGUUCUGGUUCGCGUUCUGCGAAUGCAUGCGAAUCGUGUCGCCGACGUAAAGUCAAGUGUUCGGGCGAACAGCCGUGCCGUACCUGUAUUAGGCACAACUGGGAAUGCACGUUUGGCACUUGGGGUCGGAGGCGAUACUCUGAAGCUCAUGUCCAGAGUCUUCUAGACAAAAUCCGAUCGUACGAAGAGCAACUGGUUGCUUACUCUGAUAUUGACCCAAUCAGCAAGCAACAGGUUGGAUAUAGUCCCGGUGGCCGCGGAUCGUCAGUCCAGCACCCUGUGUUUAUUGCACCUGCUCCUCAACAGGGCGGACCCGCGACGCCUAGCGCGCAUGAGCUACAGGAACCAUUAUCGGAAGGAGUCUCCUAUCCUGGUGAUGGUGAUGGUAUAAGUCCAGCCACGGACUUGACCUCCGGGCCGGCCUUUGAAUCUCAGGUCCGGUCUUUGCUGCAUCGAAAUCAACCAUACAGUGACUCGAAUAAGAUUCUUUCGGAUAUCAUGGGAGUAGCUGAAUCAACAAGUCAAUGGAAAUCAUCUCAAGCAUUGGUCAACGAGGCUUCCGCACCUAUGAUCCCGUCAUUAUCAGAAUCUCAGCACCUUCUCGAUCGGUUCCUAUUCUACCUAGGAGUUAGUCAACAUUUCUUCGAUCCUCGCACCUUUUCCGAUUCAAUGAUGCUGUUAUUUCAAUCUCCAGAGCGGCAGCGACAGCAGUCUCACACGACUUGGUUUACCGAGUACUUGCUGGUCAUGGCGAUGGCGAAACUGAUGGAUGUUGAAGAACCAACAUCUCAACCGCCGGGUGCAAGCCUUUUCGCGGAGGCAAUGAGACGUCUACCUCGUUUACACCAACUUGGUGAAGAGGGUGUUAUCGCUGUAGAGAUACUCACUUUGAUCACGACCUACCUGCAAUGGUGCGAUCGCAAACAUGACGCCUAUCUUUACGUUGGGAUGGCACUGCGAUUAGCUAUAGCCCUUGGAUGCAAUCGACCUGCUGCUGAACAAGCGUGGCUUCCCUCGGAGACUGCGCAUCGAGUGCGAUUGUGGUGGACAGUGUAUAUGCUUGAUAGGCGGUUAUCAUCUGGUCUUGGUCUUGCAGCUGGCGCAGAUGAACGCCAACUUCGCAUAGAGUUUCCUCGCCACGCGAUCGGGUUUCAAUCACCCAUUGCUCUAAUUAUCAAUGUUCGCAUUGCCCGUACCACCGACGAUAUCAUGUCCUCUCUAUAUGGGAAUGCCUCCAUAACCCAAAUUGAACUGGUGCGAAAGAUCCAGAUGGUUCUCCAUGACCUCUACGAGACUGGUCGUUGUUUGCCUGCACCCUUGCUGUUGGACUUUAGUCGGCCAUUUCAGACAGUUACCAGAACUGGUGCAUCGCUGUAUCUGAUGCUGUUUCAGGCCAUAAUCCUAUGCACCCGCCCGAUUCUUCUGCAACGGGUUCGUCAAAAGGUCCGUCGCCAGGCCGAGCAACAGCCUUUGGAACCGGCGCCGCCUAUUCUCGCCCGCUUGUGCGAGACAUGCAACGAGGCAGCCACCAAAAGCCUCAGUAUUCUCUUUGCUCUUCAGCGACAACGAAUCAUUCCACGAUACGGCUUCUUCGACCUGGAUGCCACUUUCUCCGCCGCCUUUAUCCUCGUGAUGAUGGGGUUCAUCGGAGACUCGGAAAGCAAACCACCACCACCCCUCGAUCAAGCCUUCGUGGUCCUCCGAUUUCUCUCCCAAGCAGGGAAUCUAGCCGCGGAACAGCGUCUCCAAGACAUCCUUCAGUCCUGUCUUCGUGUGUGGCCCGAUCAUUCUACCGGCGACAAGCAGCUGGAUGAAGGUAGACAAGCUCCGGCUGGUACCCCGACAACUCCUUCGCGAGCACCACCGUCUGGGCCGUUUACUCCCCUGGCCACUGAUGGGCUCAACUCAUUGCAAGAGGAGUCCAGGCUGCUUGAGCCCUGGAUGCAUCCGGAAAUGGCGUCUGGGGUGUUUGAUAUGCAAGGAGGCUGGAAUAUGGAUCUGUCUGGGGAGGCGGAAGGGAUAUAUUCGAGUUUCUAUGAUCCAACGAUGCCACUGACUGGGGUGGACUAUACGGAUUGGGUGGAGAUUGAAAAGGUGUUAGGCGGGUUGAACACUUAG